AUGGCCGAGGAAGCAAAGGACAAGCGUCUAUUAGAAGAACAAAAAGAAUCUACGGACACCAAGUCCGAAAAACCUGUAGAACCUAGGUCUAAAAGAAGAAGAAGAAGAAACUACGACGACUAUGAUGCUGAAGUAGCCAAAGAAGAGACCAAGGCUAAAAGCUACCCCGCAAAGAGCGAGAGAAAUGAGGCUGCAGAAGACUCAGAGUCCGAUAUGGAUGAUGCCAAAUUGGACGCCUUGAUGGGCAAUGAAGGGGAAGAAGAAGACGAUGACUUGGCGGAAAUAGAUACGUCCAAUAUAAUUACAUCUGGAAGAAGAACACGCGGCAAAGUAAUCGACUAUAAGAAGACUGCGGAGGACCUGGACAAGAAGGAACUCAAUGCUAACUCCAAUGAUGAUGCAAAAAAUGAUGGAGAAGAAGACGACGAUGAGGACGAUGAUUUCAGAGAACAAUGA